GACGUCAUUAAAAUGCGACGCAGACUUGCAGCGUUGUUGAUGAGAUAUUAAUAACGAGUCGAAAGUUUAUUUGUGAAGUGUAUGUAUUUGAUUAUUUUUUUUUUUUAUUAGUUGAAGACUGUUUCGUGUUCAUGAGUUAGUUUUAUUCCCUGGCAGUGUGAAAAAUGAUGGAGGAUUUCUCAGGCCUGGCUUUGCCUCCUCUCUUUGGCGGUCACAUCCUGGAGGCCGAACUGGAGGCUGCGGGCGUCGAACUGGCUUCAGGAGCCACAGAGAUCCUGGAGAGUGGAGGACCUCCUCAAGACGUGCAGAAGGACACGAGGGAGGUGGACAAGAGGAAGUAUCAGGCUCUGAGCAAAAGGGUCAAGGAGCUCGAACAAGUGAAUGAGAGGACACUGGCACGCCUUCAUCAUGUCCAAAGACUCACACGCAGACUGAAGAAAGAGAGAAGGUUCCUCAUGAAGACUCUGGACGCACACGGAGAUGAUUACAGGAACGCCGAGCUCACAAUACCACUCGAAGAUGAGGGCGGAACCACUUUAGAUGGCACCCCUGGAGGAGAUGACGAUGGCUCCUCGCCGUCCGUCACCAACCAAUCAGCAUUCGGAGUGAAGAAAAAGCGGCAUCGGGUUCCAAAGGAGAAAGAAAGAGACGCUCAGGCCGACUCGGAGCUGUGUGUGAUGUCUGAGACUCCGUUCACGGCGUUCCCGAGCCCAAACUCCCUCUCGCACUGAGCUCCACCUACCCCAGUCUGAACAGGAAGUGUGUACAUGCUAAAAUGUGGUUUAGAAAUGAAGACUUGAAGAUACGAGGCUGAUUCGAUAAGUCGAGGAAGCUUACGGCCACCGGUUUGGUCCUGCAGAACCUGCAUAUCUAAAUCACGACGCACCGUGUUGUCAAGAAACAUGGUUGUCGGGGGCGUGGCCUGAAGUUCAAAAGCAGAACUGUGCAUAAGACAUUAUUCAGAUGAAAACGUAGUUCGUUUUAGCCAAAUUAUUCCCCCCAAGCAUACAAGUUUGCAUUAAAAUGCAAAACCGGUAGCUAUAAGCUUCCUUUAUUUGUUUGCUGCUCGUACAUUAGCCUCGAAACUUGGGUACAUUUCUAUUUUAGCUUAAGUGUCCUUUUUAAAUGUAAAAUUAUUUAUUAUUCUAACUGUAAACGUGUCAUUAAUGAUUGGCGAUAAUACAAUCAUGCUUCAUUUUUUAAAAACAGCUGUAAUGUUCGUAUUGUCUGUAAUAUUCUGAUUACAGUACGACUUUGGUCUGUUAACUUUUGGAAAACAAUUCAGAAACAUGGCAGAAUGUGAUGGAACUUUUACAUUUUUAUUUAAUUCAACACACACGCACACAUCUAUCGGUGUUUGCCGUAGCGGUUGAAGCGGCGAUACAGGAAGCGCAGUCUCUUCUCCAGCAAGUGUUUGUCCUCCGUCAUCAUGCGAUCUCCCACCAUCCUCUUCUUGCGCAUCAGCCGCUGGUACUCGUUACCGCGGAAACCCUGCAGCCACACAGGCCCUCUGAUCAAUUCUUUAGGGUGGGCUUUAAAAUCACCUGAAAGGAACAAUUCGAUGGGAUGAAACUUUCUCGCCCUUGCUGGAAUGUGUUACGGUUGCUAUGGUGACUGGCGCUCGUACAGUAACUGCUUUCUGUUUGUGCCACUGAGGGAAAAGAGAAAUAAUCAGCAGCCUGGAAGCCGACAAGCGUACACCAUUUUGAUAGUGACUUAAAUCAGUGUUGUCAUGGUUACAGAGUAUAAGGCCAAAAAAAAAAAAGUGUGUUUCCGGUUACCCGACCGACCCUAAACUUUUUUUUUUUUUUUCCUCCAGUCGCGACUUUUACAUAUAACCCAACCGCGUGAACCGGAAGUUUUUGUCACUCACUGGGAAAAUGGCGGCUGCCGUGUUCUCACACGUGGUCGUGGCGAUUGAAAUUGAUCCUUGUAAACACAUUGGCGGCAUUAAGGCAUUGACAUCAUUUUCAAAACUGUUGACUGUGCGAGACAUUUUUUUUUUUUACCACUACCAUAGUGAACACGGUAAGGCCAAAAAAAAAAGUGUGUUUCCGGUAACCCGACUGAUCGAGAAUUUCCGCGUCGAAAUUCCCGACCGUAAAGUUUUUAUUACAAAUUUCCCUCGAUAUUUUAGUGUAAGCGGUGUUAGUUUGUCAAUUUUUUGUUUCAACGCAUUCAAGUUGUGAAAGAAACGAUAAAAAGUAAAAUGUUUCACCACUUCUAUAAGCCCUCCUGCAUAAACAUGGAAGCGCACUUGCAUGUGACGUCACAGCCGAUCCAGAUUGUGACAGACGCCAUCGUGUCGGUCAAACGCCAUAUUCCGCCUUCUACUUCUGGUUCUACUUCUGCUUUUACUUCUGGAAAACCCUACUAUAUACAAUUCUACUACAAUGGCUGCGGCUACAAGCUCUCCCUACCUGUGCACGUUUGUUAUGGUUUUUGUGUGUAUUUUUGCGUGUUGUUCGUCUGUACCGGACUUCAAUAUCCACUACAACCGUAUGGACUUACUGGACAUGGGUUUCCAGCAGAAAAUGACGGUUUGUAGCGAUUUCCAUCACAUGCACAACAUUCCGGACGAGGAAAAAAAACAUUCCGGACGAGAUAGCGAGACCAGCGGGGUCUCCGUGGAUUGUUAUUGGAAGCAAAGUGAAGGAGGCGGCGCCGGGAGCGGAAGCAAAAGCGAGGCUACAGGCAGAGCCGGCCUGUUGACUAAGCUCAGAAAACAGCUACUCAAACCUCCACUGCCAAGCCUCUACCUCUCCAACGCCAGAUCCAUGUAAACAAGACGGACGAUUUGGAAUUACAGCUGGAAUUACCUUAUUCUAUUCUAUAAUCGGCUGGUCAGUGCUAUACUCAAUACUUAAGUGACUUACCCAUCCAAUGAGGAUUCUUGUUUACAAGAUGCCACAUCUGAGUCGCUGACAAAUCCUGAAUUUCUGUAAAGAUAACUGUGCAGAGAUUUAUAAGCACGCAGUGCUUCACCACUGAACAGCGAGGGAAAGUUAAUGAGGUAAUCAUACACGUCCGGGUAUUCCACUGGCAGUUCAAAAUCCGGUCGUGAAAACUCCGUCCGGAAAGCCAUAAGGGUCACAAAUCUGUAGAUCGUUUAUUUUAGACAUAUAUCUAGUUAUCUGUUCAUUAGAAAAAUGAUCCGUGUAGUCCGUCGGUUGAAAUUGAUCCAUUCUGUACACGAGUGCAGCAGUAUUCAGCUGUGUUUUUGACCGACAAGAUGGGGGUUGUGUACUUUCCGGUCACGUGACUGCAAGAUCUCUAUACUGAAGGAGGAAGGGAAAACUGAGCCGAGCCGCCAUUUUGAAUCCUCAUUCAAGGCUGUAAUGCAAAUUGCUUCCUCUUCAGUAUACAAGUGCACUUCCAUGGCAGGGAAAAACACUACAUUUUGCCGCCUAUGUAGUCCCCUAUUUAUACAAAUAGGAGUCAUUCAGGAUUCAGCCAUGUUUUUGCUCGGUGUUUUUGCUCGACCCAAGUUCUACAGUAGGCUAGGCUAGGCUGUCUGCUUUUAAUGGAAGUAGCCUAGCCUAGGACGUUAUUUUCACGUUAUUUCUUGAUAAGGUGUUUUCACGUUAUUACAUGAAAAUAUCAUGAAAUAACGUGAUAAGUUUGUAUCAUGAAAUUUGGUGAUGUUAUUACAUGAUAAAUAUAUUGUAAAAACGUGAUACCUUUGUUAACAAUAUCUUUUCACGUAAUUACUUGAUUCUAAGCCAAUUUUGAGUGUGGCAGCAAUACGCUUCCGUAGAUCAUAACUCGAACUCUUGCGAUAUUUUUUUUUAUUCGUUUAAAGAUUUAAAACACUUUUAUUUUAUUAUGAUGUGUGGUAUAAAGGAUUCUGUGCCAAAAUACUAUUUUGUAAGAUGUUUACUUGUGUUAAUUUUUUCGAACAAAAUAAAAAAAAAAAUUAAGAAAAAAAAAAACUUUUUCUUACCUACCGACCUUAUUUUAGUAUUUCAUGUUACCGGAAACACACUAUUUUUUUUUUUUUUAGCCUAAAGUGACCAAAUCGACAUUCCAGGCAUUCUUCUAUCGUAAAUGAAGGCACACCUGCCAGCCAAUCAGAAACGAGUAUUUUGGUAUGACGUGGUGCACAGUGUAGUCGUGACGGUUACUGUGGUAACUGAAAGCCUGUACAGAGCCGAGCUGACUGAUAACGAACAGUGAGGCGUGCGAGAGACAUUCUCACCCAGAAUGCCGAUGUUGUCAUAGACACCGAACAUGCUCCUCUUCUCCGUCCACCGGUCCACCUGCUUCAGGGGCGGGAUGGCGUGCAUUCGCAUACGUAAACAUGCUCCUACACACACACACACACACACACACACACACAUCUGGUUUAAUGAUCACCAAAAGGAAGUGAAGGAAAUCCUGGAGGAUGUGUGACCCUGGAUUUAUCAUUACCAACUACGACAACACACUGUGUGUGUGUGUGUGUUUUCAAGAGAACUGACAGACGAACUCUCUCUCAUGUUCCCGUUAUGACCCAAACCCUAGUGUUACUGAAUUCUCAAUUCUGAUUGGUCCGAAAGUGUUCCUUUUAAGUGUAUAAAUUGUCGUGGUGAAAGUGACUCCACUUCCUCACGCCACCCUGUCGUAAUUAAUUAUUUCCUUCCAGCAGCAUGACUCCAACUGAUUUAUUCCUUUUAUCACUUCUCCGAGUAAACCAGGGAGAGAUCUCAUCUCAUCUCAUUAUCUCUAGCCGCUUUAUCCUGUUCUACAGGGUCGCAGGCGAGCUGGAUCCUAUCCCAGCUGACUACGGGCGAAAGGCGGGGUACACCCUGGACAAGUCACCAGGUCAUCACAGGGCUGACACAUAGACACAGACAACCAUUCACACUCACAUUCACA